UCAGUGUCUUGGUAGUUCAUUGACAGAAGAAGUGUUGUUUUGUAAAAUAUUGGUGGCGUCAACUCUUUGUUUUUAAUAAAUAAAUGUAGUUUCCAAUAAAUUUAAAAAAUGGAGGAUAAAAUAAAAAUAAGUGCCAUGAAAGUGUGUAGAGUCUGUCUCAGCGAAUCUACUAACAUGACAUCGUUAUUCGAUAAAACCAUCGGUGACAGAACCCUUCUGCAGAUCAUACAUUUUGUGACCAAUAUCGAUGUUAAGAUGGGAAUACGCUGGCCCAGGCAAGUUUGUGGAGAGUGUAAGACUAAAAUCCUCACCGCUGAUGAGAUUAAACGGCGUUGCAUGGAGUCUGAAUCGGUUUUAGAUCAAUUUUUAGAAGUCUGUGAUCAAGUCAUGGGAGAUAUUCCUAAUCAAGAGAACUUUGUUAAAGUUGAACUGAAUGCUGAUAUGCCAAUGUCUAUAGAACCUACACUGACGAGCAAUGAAAUAAAAAACGAUAGCAUAAAGGUUGAGUUUAAUGAUUUUAAUAUUUGUAACGAUAAUUAUGAUGACCACUUUGAUUCAGUUGAAAAACAUGAAGAGAUUUUCGGGGAAGCCAAUAUUAAUGCUGACACAAUUAUUGACACGUCACAUUUUAAAGAAAUUAAUAUGGACAGCACAAAAUCUACAAAAGCGAAAGAAUACGCAUGUACGAAAUGCGAUAUGAAGUUCCCUACGGCAAGUCAGAAGAAGUCCCAUUGGAAGAGACAUAAAAAAGAUGGUGAGGCACUUGGCAGCUAUCAGUGUUCAUAUUGUUUCCGAAAAUUCUUAAGAAAAUCAUCGUUGUCUACACACAUGAAUGUCCACGAUUCUAAGGACAAAGUUAAAUUCACGUGUAUAACUUGUAAAAGAGAGUUUAAGCACCAGGCGUUUCUAGACAAUCAUAUUCGUUCCGUUCACACCAGAAAAGAAGGUUAUAUAUGCAAACAUUGCGGUAUAAACUUGGAGAAUCAAGAAACUUUAAAUGAGCAUGAAAAGACACAUCAAAUAAGUAAGAAACACGAGUGUAAAUUGUGUAAUAAGUCAUUUGUUAUGUUGUCAACUUUGAAUGAUCACAUACGAACUCAUACCGGCGAGAAACCUUUCUUGUGCUCAAUAUGUGGAAGGAGGUUCAGUCAGAAAACGAAUUUAGCUCAGCACGUACGAAGACAUCAAGGACUAAAGCCUUUUAAUUGUGAUGAAUGUAAACGAAGCUUCGUAUCAAAAGGUGAAUUGGAAGCGCACAAGCGAAAACACACGGGCGCGCAUCCCUUCGUGUGCGACGAAUGCGGCAACGGCUUCACCACGUCCAGUUCCCUUGUGAAACACCGCCGUAUACACACGGGCGAGAAACCCUACGCGUGCGAUCUAUGCCCUAUGAAAUUCACCGCUUUGAGCACUUUAAAAAACCAUAGACGAACACAUACAGGUGAGAAACCUUAUCAAUGCUCGCAUUGUGAGAAAGCCUUUGUCCAACGAAACGAUUUGAUAUCUCAUAUACGCUGUCAUACAGGAGAAAGGCCGUAUGUGUGUUCGCAUUGUGGCCAGUCUUUCAGAAAAGCGGCCGGUUUGAAGACCCAUAUCAAAAUGCAUAGUAAAGAGCCUAUGCUACAGCGAGAACUGAUUCACGAUAGCGUGAAGCAUUUAAAAGAAGCUGUGCCGAGGGAUUUGAUGAUUCAAGGAGUUAAUGUUAUGUUGUUACCAAAUAACAGUUAGGUUUGAACCGGUAUAUUACACAAAAUCGAAAUUGUGUAGAAUAUUUUUUUAUUCCAAGGGCGAAUUACGGGUUUAAUUCGAAUAGACUCGAUAUUGAGAAGUGAUAUUCUCACUAUCACAAAAUCAAUCAAUACAUAUAAUAAAUCUGUAAAAAAAGUGUUUCCAUUGAAGAUAUUUAAAUAAAAAAAAAUUUAGAUCGAUGGAGAAUCAGUAAUAGAAUAAGAAUUUAAAAAAAAAGUCUGUCUGUUUGUUUGCACACGCUAAUCUCUGGAUCUACUGGACGGAUUUGAAUGAAACUUUUUUGUUGUAUAGCUAUAAAGCCUGGUCAACAUAUAGGGUGUAAAUGAUUUUGAAAACUGGAACACCUGAUGGUGUACUAUGAUGGUACAGCGAAACUAUACGAAAUAUUGAAAUGACGCCUUAACAAAAGUUAUUCAGCCUGAUGAGCAUUUUCUGUUGAGAUAUAAAAAUCGAUGAUCUGGAACACCCUGAUGUAGACCUAUGAUGGUACAGCUAAACUAUAGGGAAUAUAGAAAUGACGCUCUAAUAAAAGCUGUUCAGAGUGAUGAGUAUUUUCUGUUGAGGUAUAAAAAUCGGAGAUCUGAAACACCUGAAGAAGAGUCAUAAUAGUUCAGCUAAACUAUAGAAAAUGUACUUUUUCAGUCUGAUUAGCAUCUUCUGUAUGUAUAGGUAUCGUUACAUUUGUUUGUACAAUUAAAUUUGUAUAUUGUAAUUUUGAUUCCUUACCAAAAAUUGUUCGGCCACGCGAACGAAGUCGCAGGCAUCAGGUAGUCUCACAUAAAAAUGGGAUAUUCUCACUAUCGAGUCGAUUCGAAGUGAGACGCAGCGAACCAAUCACAUUGCGGUGUGGUAGUCGUUGCGUCACAAUGGCGCACUGUGAUUGGUCAGCUGCGUCUCACUGCGAAUCAACUCGAUGGUGAUAUCGUAUUAAACACACAGUGCACGAUUUUUCACAAUAUGUGCGAUUAACGGACCAUUAAAAUUUCAACUUUGCAUACCAGGUACUAUGAGCUGAUCAAUUUGUAUGGCAGACCAAAAUAUUAUUGUAAUUUUUUAAUAUCAACUCCUUUUGAUAUUGGCUCAGUUUCCAUCAUACGUAUAUGCCUCCGCCUCACAACUAUCAUCACAGGAUAAAAAUACCAUUUUCACUCUGCAUUACCUAUUGGUUGACAGGUAGAAAAAGCCUCAGGCUUUAAGUCCGUCUUUUACAUGUUUUUGUAAUAAAGUUACAUAAAUAAAUCCAAAAGAAGUAGCCGUUAAUUUGUUUUGGCGUAUUCCCAACCGAAGUGCGGUGAGGCAUACAAUGAGUGAAGAAAAUGUAUGAAAUGUAUGUCUGUUUCAUUCGGUUAUGCUUGCUUUAAGUUUUCUUGGUCUUUGUUCUCAUUAUACUAUUUUGCAAAUUGUUCCAGAAUAUAACAUGUGUAAUAUAAAUAAUUUCUAAUUCUAAAUCUCUUGAUUUUUAAGCAAUUUAUUUCUAUUAAAAUAAUUAUUUGAGCCAUUUAUUAUUUAAUUAAAUAUAAUAUAAAUUUAUUAUCCAUAUUGGAUAUACCUUUUACUGCGUAUAUUAUAAGAACAUCACAUAUUUUUUCUAUACAAUGGCUUAACUAGAAUUUAUUUUGAUUUCCUUGCUACUGACUUUUAUAAAAACAAAAACAUUUAAAGUUUUAGGAAAAUGAAAAAAAAAAAACGCUUUGUUUUUUCCCCUUUUUUUUAAGAUUUCAAGAACCACAGUUUCAUACAUUUAUGGCGCUAACAAAACUGUUUAAAACGUUAUUAUAUAAUGAUAUAAACUUUCUGAGCCCUACACUUAAAGAACUGAAUGUAAAAUUAAGUUUUAACUUGUAUAUAGUUCAAAUAAUAUAAGUGUUUAUAUUAAAUAA